AUGACCAACUGGAGAUUUAUCUUAAUCACAGUGGUUUUAAUGAGAGCGAAGGAUUUUUGCGCGAUCGACGACGAAGCGUUUAAAAAUAAAUCCAUGGAUCUGGAUCUAGAGAAACGACUGACCGCGGACGUUGUCCCUAACAGAUACGUGAUCGCGAUUUCCAUCGAUUUAAAAAGAGAUCAGUUCCACGGUUCCAUUCGUAUCGAUAUCGAUGUUCUUAGACCUCAAAAUCGCAUCGUUUUGCAUUCGAGGAACCUAACUAUUUCGUCGACGAAAUUGUACUCGUCAAGAUGGCGAACGGAAGUGCGAAUAGAGUCCGUGUUUCCCGUAGACGAGCGUGAAAUGUUGGUUAUCAAACCGUACAGAAUCGUCCCACUGGGAGAGUAUUUUUUAAAAAUGAACUUCAGCGGCGACUUGAAGGGGAAAAUCAAUGGAUUCUACUUGAGCAAAUACGUUGACCUCGACCAGACAGUCAGAAAAGUGGCGGUGACGCAGUUCGAGCCACUCUACGCGAGAAACGCGUUUCCCUGCUUCGACGAGCCACGCUUCAAAUCCACAUUCGUCGUUCGCCUCCUGCACACGGAAAAGCCCCCGUAUCAUGCGUUAUCGAACAUGCCAGUCGCAAAAGUCCAGACGACGAACAACGAAACGAUCACGUUCUUCGAUGCAUCGCCUCCGAUGUCCACGUACGUCGUCGCCUUCCUCCUCAGCGACUUCGACUGUCUGUUGGCCAACGCGACGCUCCUAAACGGCACCACGUUUCCGCUGAACGUGUGUGCCAGGCCUAUGUACAAACACAAGGCAACCUUUGCCCUGAACGUUGCUGUCCGAGUGAUGGAGUAUUAUUCGAGCGUUCUUAAUAUCGACUAUCCGCUGCCGAAACUUGAUCUAGUCGCGAUACCCGAUUUCGGGGCUGGCGCCAUGGAGAACUGGGGUUUGAUCACGUUUCGCGAGACGGAACUGCUUCACAGCGGAAACGACAGCUCCUCUAUGAACACCAAGAGCGUCAGCCUGACGGUGGCCCACGAAUUGGCGCACAUGUGGUUCGGAAAUCUGGUCACCAUGAAGUGGUGGAACGAUCUCUGGCUGAACGAGGGAUUCGCGACUUACAUGGAGUACAUGGCGAUCGACUUUGUCUUCCCCGAGUGGAACGAGAUGGACUCCUUUCCCUUGCGUACCAAGUAUGUUUCCAUGAAGCACGAUAGCAAGAUUCGCGCCCGUCCCGUUGUGAAGCGCGUGGAGGAUCCAGAAGAGAUCGAGGAAAUGUUCGAUCGUAUCUCCUAUCAAAAGGCAGCAGCUGUGCUUAGGAUGCUGGAGGACGCGAUCGGUAAUUCGAAGUUCGUUCUCGGCGUGAGAAGAUACUUGGACGAAUAUCGGUUCCGCAACGCGGAGUCGGACGAUCUGUUCGAACUUUUAGGGAACAGCACCCGCGGGGACGUCGAUAUCGUCGACUUUAUGAGCCGGUGGACGAGGAUUCCCGGAUUCCCGGUGAUCAACGUCGUUCGUCGAGAUAGCGCGGCGUUUAGGCUCUCCCAGCAGCGUUUCGCGGCGAGCAAGAAAUUUCACGAGAUUCACGACGGCGGAAGCUGGACCAUUCCCAUAAAAUACAUAACGAGCAGAAGGGACGGCGCGAAGCUCGAUUGGUUCCUCGCGAAUUAUUCUUGCGUGGUAUUGUCUCUGGAAAGGACGGUCGAUUGGAUUAAAUUAAACCACAGAUCGAUCGGGUAUUACGUCGUAAAUUACACGGAAGAUGCAUGGAACGCGUUCGGGGAUUUAUUGUACAACGACCACCAAACAUUGAGCCCCGUGGACAGAGCAGACUUGUUGCACGACGCUUUUCUUUUAACGGGCGCUGCCGAUCUGUGUUUCUCGGUGGCGAUGAACUUGACCUCUUAUCUGGCGAUCGAAACGGCUUAUCAGCCUUGGGCAGUGGCCGCCGAAUGGUUCGCUCGGAUGAACAGAUUGCUGCAAGGGACACGCGUGCACGCGCCUUUUCAGUCGUACGCCAGGACUCUCGUCGACAAAAUCUAUCGUCAGGUCGGAUGGCACGUAGACGAAGAGAAAUCGGUCGCCAACAGAGAACUGGGCGUGUUGGUGUUGAACGCAGCUUGCAGCGUGGGUCACGAACACUGCCUCGACACGGCCGGGAGGAAGCUGAGGGAGUUCGUUGGGAGCGAGGGUACACAAACGCCGCCAGCCGAUAUUCGGUCUAUCGUCUACUCGUUCGGCCUUGUCACGCACUCGGACGACAUUGGAUCAAUAUUUGAAAACAUGUCGCGGCUACUCGCGACGGAGACCGACGCCCAAGAAAGGGAACGCCUGAUCAAGGGACUGACCAAUGUUCGAGAUAAGGGCGCCCUAAAUCGGUACCUCGAACGCGCGACCAAUGAGAACUUUGUACGCAAACAAGAUUUCGCCGACGUGUUGGUGAAAAUUGCAUCGAAUCCCACGGGACUGGACGUAGCCUGGAAUUUCGUACGAUCUCGAUGGGACAACCUCGUCGACGAGUACGUUGCAAACGGUUACGCUUUGGGUAAAGCUGUCGUCGCGAUCGUCUCGUUCUUCAAAGACCGGGAAAUGCUGCAAGAGGCCAAACGAUUCUUUCGCGAACACGACGAUCUCGGGGUAACGGAGAGCACAAAGAGAAACGCUAUCGAGGAGAUUGAAAACAGCAUCGAUUGGUUGGACGCGAACGUGCAAAACAUCGACCGGUGGCUGACGGCCAAUGGGUUCGAUUAAAUCCCGCGUUUUCCAAU